CCCCUUCUUCAGUCUCAGUUUGAAGCUGCCCCUGGCAGGGAAGUAGUCCCUGUUCCAACACCAAACCGUGAGCUCAAAGGUCGAAGACCCAAAGCCAUGAAGGGUCUUGGGACCCUGUUCCUGCUGCUGACCACCUGCCUGGCUUUGAGGGCUGAUGAUGCAGCAACAUUACCAGACAUCCAGGUUCAGGAGAACUUCAUCGAGUCCCUGAUCUAUGGAAAAUGGUUCAACCUGGCUGUGGGCUCCACUUGCCCGUGGCUGAGGCGGAUCAAGGACAAGCUGAGCAUGAGCACACUGGUCCUGCAAGAGGGAGCAACAGAAGCAGAGAUCAGCAUGACCAGCACCCGAUGGCGGAGAGGUGUCUGCGAGGAGAUCUCUGGGGUGUAUGAGAAGACAGACAUCGAUGGAAAGUUCCGUUACCACAAAUCCAAAUGGAACAUAACUUUGGAAACCUACGUGGUCCACACCAACUAUGAUGAGUAUGCCAUUUUCCUCACCAAGAAGUUCAGCCACCACCAUGGACUCACCAUCACUCUCAAGCUCUAUGGCAGAGAGCCAAAGCUGAGGGACAGCCUUCUGCUGGAGUUCAGGGAGGUGGCCCUGAGUAUGGGUAUUCCUGAGAACUCCAUUGUUUUUAUGGCUGACAAAGGGGAAUGUGUUCCUGGGGAUCAGGAGGUAAAGCCCAGUCCACAUCUGAGAGCCCGGCGGGCAGUGCUGCCCCAAGAAAAUGAGGGAUCAGGGUCUGAGCCACUGGUAACUGGGAUCCUCAAGAAAGAAGAUUCCUGCCAGCUCACCUACUCAGAAGGGCCCUGCCUAGGGAUGAUGGAGAGGUAUCACUACAAUGGCACGUCUAUGGCCUGUGAGACCUUCCAAUAUGGGGGCUGCCUGGGCAAUGGUAACAACUUCAUCUCCGAGAAGGAGUGUCUGCAGACAUGCCGGACCGUAGCGGCUUGCAAUCUCCCCAUAGUCCAAGGGCCCUGCCGAGCCUAUACUAAGCUCUGGGCAUUUGAUGCAGCACAAGGAAAGUGCAUCCAAUUCACCUAUGGGGGUUGCAAAGGCAACGGCAACAAGUUCUACUCUGAAAAGGAGUGCAAGGAAUACUGUGGAGUCCCUGGUGACGGGUCCCAGUGAGUUGUUCUGCCUGCCCUGACUUUUCCCUGCAGCCCUGGAAGGCCUUGAUUUAUCAUCUUCCUGAUGGCAGCUGGCCAUCAGGUCAGGCCCCACACUCUCGUAAAAUGGGACAAAGCCACCAGCUCUCCAGCUUCACAGCCCCCACUGUGGGGCUAGUGCUCAGCUGGUGGGAUGACCAGAGUACAGUAGCCACUUAGCAUUCUCCAGGCCUUGCUAUACCCACUGGAAAAUGGUACCUCCAGCAAGUCAGAGAAGGCGGAAGACCAGGCUGUUCCAUGCAACGCCCCUGACAGAGGUCAUUUAGCAAGUGAUGUUUCAUCCCAGGCCAAGGACCCAUCCUGAGUCACUCUGUAUCCACAGGGGAUAAGAGCAACUGAAGGUGCCAGUCUGCAAGCCAGAAGGUAGCCACUGUCUGUCCCAGUACAGUCUGGCUCAGAUGAUCUAGACCCAAAUAAAACAAGCUAUCAACGCCUGGCA